ACUAAGCGGUUUUCUUUGCUGAACGCGGCCAUUGUGCGAUAGGCUUUUCUCUUUGUGCUUCCUGAAAUUAUGCCGCCAACGCGAACAUAAUAUAACCAAUGUUAAUACAAAAUUGUCAAUACCGAUGCCAAUUGGUGCCGAUCGGAAACGCUGACCGAGAGGCGACAAAGUUCAUCGUUCAUCCGUUCACCGAAUACAUUUGCUAUCGCUUAUCAAUAGCAGACGUGUAUAGUGUAUAUCCAUUUAAGAGUCGAUAGAAAACGGUACUGACUAGAAAACAACGGCAAUUCUCUUUGACAAGACGAAAAUCAGAAGCUGCGGACUGAAUAAAAAUCCAUAAAAUGGCUACUAAAGACGUUAAGGAUGUUAAGGAGGAUACUUCUGCCGCUUCGUCAAGCAAGCUCUUCACGCGGGCGGAAGUGGCAAAGCAUACCGAUCCCAACGACACAUGGAUCAUCAUUCAUAAUAAUAUUUACAAUGUCACUCCUUUCCUUAAUGAGCACCCUGGAGGUGAAGAAGUACUCUUGGAACAAGCUGGGUGCGAUGCCUCUGAACCUUUUGAAGAUAUCGGCCACUCAACCGAUGCAAGACAAAUGAUGGAAUCGUAUAAAAUUGGAGAAUUAAUAGAAGAAGAAAGGAAACAAGAUAGUGGAGAAAAAGAUAAAUAUUGGUCUAAUGGAGCUAAUGACGAGAACAAUUCUAGUUCUUGGCGGUCCUGGUUGAUCCCGAUCGCUCUUGGGGUGCUCGCUACCCUCGUCUAUCGCUAUUUUAUCAGCACACAUUAAGGCGUUCCGAUCCGGGUCCCUUUCUUCACGUUAUUCACUUGUUAAUACAUAUAUAUAUAUCGAUCAAUAUCAAUCGCUAUAUGAUCAAGUGUUGUACAUUUUAUCCGAAUGUAUGUCGCGCACUUUUCAUAAUUAUUUUCUAUGAACCAAAUAGCAUUUUGCUGGCCUAGCGGUUGAAACUGAGAGAGAAUAAGAGAUCGGCCAACGAUGUAUUAUAUUAUAAUAUACAAAUAACGCGCAAUACAAAUAGCGCGCAUUUAUAUGUUUAUAUGUAUACGUUUGUAUACACAUACUGGUAUAUAUAUAUGCAAAUAUGUAACAUGUAGCGUUUGUACGCGACGUUGUUCCUUGCAAAUUGACGAAAUAUAUUAAUUUAAUUCCUUAGAAAGAAAGGCCGCCUAAAAAAAAA